CCAUAGCUCAAUUUUGUGGCAGUUUAGCCCCCUUUUUCUUCAUUCAUUCAAUACGACCCAACUACUAGUAAAGUUUGAUAACCCCCGAAGCCUAUGCAACAAAUGGCACUCCCUGAAACACAACAAGGCUCUAAGACCCUCCCAGAUGCCUGGGACUUCAAAGGCCACCCCGCCCACAGAUCCACCACCGGUGGUUGGACCCGUGCCGCCAUGAUUCUAGGGGUUGAGGCAUGUGAGAGGUUAACCACACUUGGAAUAGCGGUGAACUUGGUGACAUACUUGACUGGUACGAUGCACUUGGGCAAUGCUAACUCAGCCAACACUGUUACCAACUUCCUUGGCACCUCUUUCAUGCUCUGCCUUCUCGGCGGCUUCGUUGCCGAUACUUUCCUUGGCAGGUAUCGAACUAUUAUCAUGUUUGUCUCUGUUCAAGCUACUGGAGUUGCAAUCUUAACAAUCUCCACCAUAAUCCCCACCCUCCAACCGCCCAAAUGCACUCUCAACAGCCCAUCAUGCGUCCCCGCCACCGCCACGCAGCUAACGGUCCUCUACGGAGCUCUAUAUCUCACCGCCCUGGGCACCGGCGGCCUCAAAUCGAGUGUUUCGGGGUUCGGUUCCGACCAAUUUGAUGACACUGACAAAGAAGAGAGAACCCAAAUGAGCAAUUUCUUCAACUGGUUCUUCUUCUUCAUAAGCAUUGGAUCACUUGCUGCUGUGACAGUGCUUGUCUACAUACAGGACAAUUUGGGGAGGCAAUGGGGUUAUGGGAUUUGUGUGUGUGCAAUUGUGAUCGGAUUGGUGGUUUUUCUCUACGGUACGAGGUGGUACCGGUUUAAGAAACUGGUGGGGAGUCCGUUGACCCAAAUUGCCGUUGCGUUCGUGGUGGCGUGGAGGAGGAGGCAUUUGGAGCUGCCGUCGGACUCGUCGUUGCUGUUUAAUGUGGAUGAUGUUGUGAGUGAAGGUGACGAGAAGAAGAAGCAAAAAUUACCUCAUACCAAGCAAUUCCGGUUAUUGGACAAAGCAGCCAUCAAGGACUCUGAAAUGUCUAGUGACUUCACUGCGAUGAAUAAAUGGUACAUUUCAACUUUAACAGAUGUGGAGGAAGUAAAGUUGGUGAUUAGAAUGCUUCCUAUUUGGGCCACCACUAUUAUGUUCUGGACAAUCUAUGCUCAAAUGACCACAUUUUCAGUCUCACAAGCUACCACCAUGGACCGCCACAUCGGCAAAUCAUUCCAGAUCCCUCCAGCCUCACUGACUGUUUUCUUCGUCAGCAGUAUUCUCCUCACCGUUCCAGUAUACGACCGGAUCAUCAAUCCGAUCGCUGGAAAAUUGCUUAAGAACCCAGAAGGCCUCACCCCAUUGCAACGCAUCGGGGUAGGUCUAGUUCUAUCAAUAUUUGCCAUGGUGGCUGCAGCUCUAGGCGAAAUCAAGCGGUUACAUGUGGCUCAAUUGCAUAGCUUGACAAACGAUCCAACAGCCGUGGUUCCCCUAAGCGUAUUCUGGUUAGUCCCACAGUUCUUAAUAGUGGGGUCCGGCGAGGCAUUUACGUAUAUUGGGCAGCUAGAUUUUUUUUUAAGGGAGUGCCCUAAAGGGAUGAAGACAAUGAGCACAGGGUUAUUCUUGAGCACACUUUCACUAGGGUUUUUCACCAGCUCUAUUUUGGUUAGUAUGGUGCAUAAAUUGACUUGGAACAAAAAGCCAUGGUUGGCUGAUAAUCUAAACCAAGGGAGGCUCUAUAAUUUUUAUUGGUUGUUGGCAAUAUUGAGUGUGGUGAACUUGAUAUUGUAUUUGGUUAGUGCUAAAUGGUAUGUGUACAAGGAAAAGAGGCUUGCUGAGGUGGGUAUUGAAUUGGAGGAAGCAGGGCCUACUUGCCAUGCAUAAAGACAGGGUUAUAUUUGUCAUUUUUUAUUAAUUUUUUUCCUUUUUUUUUGGAACUUCUUUUUUUUUUCUUUUUUUUAAGGUUAGUGGAAUACAGGGUGAUUAUUCAGUAUUUCCGAAAUAUGUAGACGUCGUGCUCCAUAAAAUUUUGAUUGGUAGAGCGUAGUAGGGGCCUACGAUUUAUGUUAGGGAAUAUGGGAACAACAUAGAAUUAAGUAAUUGGUGGCUUAGAAUAUGAUCACGUGAUAUUUCGGGAUUAUUGAAUAAUUUCCCUAAAAUGCAAGCGCUAACCCGCUCUACAGGAGCUUUCAUGUAACACUUCUAUUUUGCUUCUGUUUUGUUUUUAUUAUUUUUAUUUAAAUGCUUUUAUGCUUUCGAAUUGAGAUUGUGACUUGUUUUGUGUACAAAGGAAUGGAAAAGGACCAGAGAAUUUGCAAAA